AUGGGAAACUUUGGAGAGCUAGUACUCAUUCUUGGGGAUCUUCACAUGCCAGAUAGAGCAACUUCUAUUCACGAGAGCUUCAAAAGGAUGCUGGUGCCAAACAAAAUGCAACACGUAAUUUGUACCGGUAACAUUAGCCUGGAACAUUACAAUGAGUUUCGUGCUCUUGCACCGAAUUUUGUAUGCUGUCGUGGUGACUUCGAUGAUGAAGAUAUGGGAUUUCCAGAGCAUUCGCUGUGUACCGUCGGGAACUUUCGAAUCGGAGUCAUACACGGACAUCAGAUUGUGCCCCAUGGAUCACAUGAUGCAAAGGCGCGAAUGAGGAGGAAACUGAAAGUUGACAUCCUCGUUACAGGCUACUCCCAUGAAAACGAAGUUGUCCUUCGUGAUGGUUUCUAUCAUAUAAAUCCCGGCUCCAUUAGCGGGGCACCUUCUGUGCAUAGCCGAGAAGUUACUCCAUCAUUUAUUCUACUUGCUAUUCAGGAGAACAAACUUGUGUGCUACGUAUACGAACUUCUAAAUGGCGAAGUGGAGGUUUCCAAAACAGAGUUUGUCAAGUCUGUAUCUAGCGAGUCCUCACCUGUUCUCCUUCAGUCGUUGCUUGGGUGA